AUUCAUGCUGACCACACUGCUAGAAACCUUUGAAGCAAGAAAGACUCCAACCUGUGUGUUAGCAAUUGUUAACUUGCUGGUCAGCUGUGUUGGUGGAGAGUUAGUCAAAGUAAAACAGCUUGAAAACAUAGUGACAGCAUUUUUGAAAGGAGACUUGAAGCAGGACAGUUGGUGGAACGAUGUUGUUAUAUUUCUUCACUAUGUGUGUCAUAAUCAUAUAUUAGAUUCUAACCUGGAGAAGAAAGUUAUCAACAAGCUUGAAGAGAAUCACCCAUAUACUGACCAAUGUAGACAAAGUGAUGAUACCAAGGAAAUAUCAAAGAUGUAUGCAAUAUUUGACAGAUCUAUAAAUGCCUAAAUGAUUUCUUAUUUUGUCUGAUCUACAAAAACUACAAACUACCAAGGUGGAAAA